UGCAGAGCUUGCAGAGUGGAUCCUCUCUCAGUCCCCAUGUGUGCAGAUGUGAUGGUGAAGGUCAGGUAUCGUACACGGACCUCAAGAGGAAGGAGAUACGGUACGGUUCCAGUCCCCACAGUUCUUUCCUUUGAGACCUUGCACUUGGGUAAAUCCCAUUUUGUCCAAGCUCCCUGAGAACCUUGUUCCACGGCCCUGGCUGUCCACUUCUCCGCCUUGCUCCGGACCUCCGCCUGCACCAUGUCUCGUCUGGUUCUUGCAUUCCCACCUCCCCACCUUUGGAAAUGAACACAGCCCAGGCCCUGCCGGUGGAUGCGUUGGUUGCCGAUGAUGUCUCGAGACUUUGUGUGUGUUUGUUAAUCCUCGGGAGGCUGAGCCAACAGUCCCGGACUGAACAUUUUCAUUUUUGCUCUUCUUUAUUUAAUAAUCGGACUUUUCUCCUUUACAGCCUUUUUUAUUUUAAGUGUAAGACUUUAAAGUUCAGAUCUACAACAGCCUGAGAAUUCAGCAGGUGAGGUUUCACAAUCAGCAGGAAUGUGAGGGAGAGAGGGAGGGAGAGAGAGAGAGGGAGGGAGAGGGAGAGGAAGGGAGGGAGAGAGACAGAGAGGGGGAGAGAGAGACAGAGGGGGGAGGAAGAGAGAGAGAGAGGGAGAGAGAGGGGGUAUGUGUGUGAUUUAGCGCCUUAUCUUCCGCCCAGUUUCUUCAUAUCCCAACAGGAAAAGUGUUAAAGUGAACCAGGUCUCCUCCUCCUCCUCUUCUUCUCCUCUUCUCCUCCUCCUCCUCCUCCUCUCUCUCCGGAGGUCCUCCUUCCUUCCUCCCUCCCUCCAGCCCCGCCUUGGGCCCGAAGCAGCCGCGACACCUGGACCCCGGAGCGGCGGCAGGUAAAGGUGAGAGGGGACCUGAGUGUCAGACACGCCGUGGAAAGGAGACCGAGUGUGGGCAGAGUGGGAGUCCGUGUUCGUGGAGAUUUCUCGACGCUGAAAAGUGAGUAAACGUGAUUUUUUUUUACCGACCUUUGGACGGAGUUAUCUGCGCCGCUGCGGCGCAUCGUUGGCGGAAACGGAGUGAAAGUUGAACCCGCGGAGGUUUGACAUCUUUGCUGUUUUUAUCGGGAAGAGACAGAAACGAAUCCGAACUUUGACGUGAAUCAGCGGCGACUUUUCGGCGCAUUUCACGGCGCAGAACAGAAACGUGAGAAAAGCGCAGAGAAAUAUCAGAACAGCAACAAACUAAAGAGUCAGAAACACAGCAGACUGUAAUCCAACAAGAUCUCAACAACACGGACAGAUCCGUCUGUGAGAGUGAAGCUCCCAUUUCUUCAAUCUUAACGAGCUUUUCCAGGUUUUACGGUAAUUUUAUAGUUUUUAUCGUCCUGUUUUAUGUUUAACAGACAGAAAAAAAACAACAUGGGAGAAGCACCAACCAGAGAGGACAGUUCAGUCAUCAGCAGAUCAGCAGAGGUGAGUUUAGAAGUUUUACUUUAAUUCACUGAAGUUUGUGUUUUUACUUUAAUUCACUGAAGUUUGUGUUUUUACUUUAAUUUACUGAAGUUUGUGUUUUUACUUUAAUUCACUGAGGUCUGUGUUUUUACUGUAAUUCACUGAAGUUUGUGUUUUUACUUUAAUUCACUGAAGUUUGUGUUUUUACUUUAAUUCACUGAAGUUUGUGUUUUUACUUUAAUUCACUGAAGUUUGUGUUUUUACUUUAAUUCACUGAAGUUUGUGUUUUUACUGUAAUUCACUGAAGUUUGUGUUUUUACUGUAAUUCACUGAAGUUUGUGUUUUUACUUUAAUUCACUGAAGUUUGUGUUUUUACUGUAAUUCACUGAGGUCUGUGUGUUUCUCUGUGUUUCUGUGUUUCCUCUGAAGUAUGUGGGCUCGUUUCCUGUGGAUGAUCGGUGUUUGGACGAGCAGAUGGAGCAGCUCCACACUCAGCUGAAGGCCCUCAGAGUAAGUUCUGAGCUUCAUGAGUCUUCUCUGCUCCUAAUCCAAACUUCACACCACUAUUUUCUUUUAUCAGACGUGCAAACGGAGGAGACCUGUGUCCAUCAGAUUCUCCAUCAAGGGGGUGAAAAUGUACGAUGAGGAUGAAACUGUAAGUCUGAAGUUUUUAUAAUAUUUAAUUUAAAAAAAAAGGGAAGAAGUCGUCUUACCUUUCUGGUCCACAGACGCUCCUGAUGGCUCACGCUCUGCGGAGAGUCUCUCUGUCCACCGCCCGACCCUCUGAUGCCCAGUUCGCCUUUGUCUCCCACAACCCAGGAAGUCCAGACGCCCAGCUGUACUGCCACGUCUUUAAAGCAAGGCACGCCAGAGCGGUAGGAGGGAUUUCAUAGCUCAUUAUAAAACGACAUAAAAACGUAUAAAAAGAGGUUUAUAUCUGUGAGAGUGGGUCCUCUCCCACUGAGAUUUAUUCCACAGCAAACAAACAAGAAGAUGUUUGUGUUUUGAAGAGGCAGAAAAAAAAAGUUCCAGUUUAAAAACGUCGGAGAAGCAGAACCGAGACAAAUGAAGGACCAAACUCACAGGAGCUUCUUGUCCUCAAAGGCCACCGUCACCGGGGGGGCGGAGCCUCUUAAUGUAGAAACUGACUCCUGAUACCUCUGAACACUCCUGUAAUCGAUUUCUUCAAUAACUGUUAAAACCAUAAAUGUAGUUUUUUUUUCACUUUGUUAAAAUAACUGUGAGUCCGAACGACGUGAUCACACCUUGUUGAUAAAUCCACCUGCCUGUGAUUGUUUUUAAUCGAACCGUAAACCUGAAUAAAAAUACAGCUUUUGUAGAGAGACGAUGGUUCGGUGUAUCAGCUGAGAAACAGCAGUUCAGCUUUUCUACUCCUCUGAUUCUUGUCCCGUUUUGUCCUGAAGGCCCAGUUCCUGAACCUGGUACUCUGCCGCUGUUUCCAGUUGUCUUACCUGGAGAAGCACCCGGAGGAGGCGCAGGAAGACUCGGUCGGCUCUCUGCCUCGUCGGAACCCCUCCCUGCUCAACCACGGCUUCCCUCUCAGUGUCAGCGCCCUGGUGUCUUUCAGGAGAGCACCUUUCAGGGGCUUCUUACCCGGGACUAAGGUGUGGAGUUGACCAAACUUGAACCUUGGUGUUUCCUCUUCCCCUCUUCUUAGUUCAACACUUUUUCUUUUCUGACCAGCAGAAAACUCAAAAAUCCUCCGAUGAUCAGCUCAGCAGCCAAGAUGAAGUCUUCCCCACCUCCUCUCCCUCUCUGGUGCGCAAGAAGGCCAUCCGCAACAAAGUGCUGCGCUCUGGAGCUUAUCGCUCCUUCACUUUCACGCCGCUCAAACAGCGAAACGUUCAGGAGCGGCUGAGCGCGACACAAGGUGGGCGGAGCGUUCACAGAGCGCUUUCAAAGGUCAAAGAGCUGAUUAGGUAAAACAAACCCGUUCAGUGUUGGGCCGCCGCUGCUCACCGUCUGUCGUGGUGUCAGGAGGUCGUUUGGUCAUUCUUGAGGGGUGAUUUACAACAGUGGUGUCACGUGUUUCUUUUGUUUUUGUAGAAGUUUGGUAUCACGGGUUAUUUCAUCUCAGAGGUUCAGCUGUACUUCAUCGUCCAUUUCUCUCUCCAUCACGGGUUAUAAAUCUGCACUUUUGGACCUCUCCGACUGUUUUAUCUGAAAAUGUGUCUUCUUGAUUUUGCAAAAGAAAAGGAUCGAGACACGAAGUCCAAAAGGAGAUCCCGGGCUCCCAGCUUGGCCGAAACAGAAGAAGCACUGGCUCAGGCGGUGUGGUGUUGGGCCGGUAUCUCAACGUGAGACUCACAGAUACGUUUAACGUCUUCAUCUCUGUCAUUUCUGAAUCUCUUUUUAUUCUUAUUGUCUUAAAUGUUCUUGACUUCAGUGACAGCAGUUAUUCUCUGCUGGCCGAUGACGUCCUGGGCUCGUACCUCCUCUGUCCACAUCCCAAGAAAUCCAAAUGUGGAUCUCUGAUCAUUCGAUUCCCCUCUGGCCUGAUCACCCACCUCAUAGAAAACACUCGCAAAGGGAAAUUUGUGCUGGAGGUAACUGUUGGUGGUGGUGGAGGGUUAGAUAUUGAUCACUGUCAGCAGCAGGUUAAUAUUUACAUCAACAGAAAAGUGGGUUUGACUUGUUCUCCAGUAGAAAUGUGUUUCUUCACUCACUUCUGAAUCUGUUUGGUUUGAUUUUGUUGCAGAAAUUUAAGACUGAGUUCAGUUCGUUGGCAGAACUGAUCGAACACUACACCGAAGAUCAGGGGGAGCUGCCGUGUCUGCUGAGCUGUGCCCGAGUGAACCACUGCUACGAGUGGGAGGAAAACACCGUCCAACAGACGGCCGUGAAGCCCAACAAGAGCCUGAACAAAACCAAGGCUAAAAGUACCCACAGGAGGGAGUGGGUUUAACUCCCACAGGAGGGAGUGGGUUUAACGCCCACAGGAGGGAGUGGGUUUAACUCCCACAGGAGGGAGUGGGUUUAACUCCCACAGGAGGGAGAGGGUUUAACUCCCACAGGAGGGAGUGGGUUUAACUCCCACAGGAGGGAGUGGGUUUAACUCCCACAGGAGGGAGAGGGAGUGGGUUUAACUCCCACAGGAGGGAGAGGGAGUGGGUUUAACUCCCACAGGAGGGAGUGGGUUUAACGCCCACAGGGGGGAGUGGGUUUAACUCCCACAGGAGGGAGUGGGUUUAACUCCCACAGGGGAACCGCCAACAACAGAGUGACCCUUUUUUUUCUCUCGCACAUUUAAUCCUUAUUUUCUGAUCAGGUGGAGUUUCGGCCCCUCAGAUUAAUAGUAAAAGACACUGAAAACAGUUUUGGCACUAAUUGUAAAUGUUUUGUAUCGGGAACUUAUUGAUCUUAUUGAUAUCUGAUUGAACGUUUUGUUUUUGCUGCUUUUAUAAUUCAAAAGUAUUUAAUAGUCUAUUUUUAUUCAUGCCUUUAAGUUUAUCCAUCUUCACAUCAGGUGCAACAACCCUGAAGUUGAGAGUUCAGGACGUUGCACCUGAUGUGAAAAUAAAGACCCCCCCCCCUUUUUUUAAACCUUUGCAUUAUUAAAAAUCUGCUUUAGUGUAUUUACUCCAACUUUUCAUUUGUAUUUAAUAAUACUCUGUGUGUCGUGGACGUGGCUGUGAUUUAUUCUUGUCAAGUUUUUAUCUCUCGUCUCCUCGUCUGUUCGGUCUUUAACGUCCCGACCUGUAAAAAGGGAAGAACUUUGACUCUGAAGGUCGUGACUAACCUUUUGAUACUUUCAGUUUUCUGGGAAUGUUGUUUUUAUUUUUUCCUCUUUUUUAAAAUAUACCUGAAGUCGACUGUCGUUGGAGAUCAGGUCUGACUUUGUCGUAUAAGUUUGUCUGUUUUUCACUUUGCGUUUCUUAUUGAAGCACUAUUAAACGCACACAAGUGCAGUCUCAUUUUAACCUUUAUUCUGCCUGAUUAUUUUAUGACUCUACACAGCAAAACGGUAAAACAACGUUGAUAAUGAAGUCAGUAAUUUGGUUAAUAGUUUAUUAAAUGAAAUGUCGACUACAGAGUCCAAAUCAAAGCCUUCAGUUUUCAGUGUUUGUUCAAACUUAAUUAUCUGUUUUAGUCUCAGAUAUUUAACAUGAAACUAACAUCCCAACUUCAAAUUUUAAUUAAAAAAGGAGGAAAAACGUCUUUGUGGUUCUUUUAAACUCUGACUGAUUAGAAAAGUUUUAAUAAAAGGUUUAAAAGUU